AUGAUUAGAAGAUUAUUCGUAUUGGGUGGUGCUGCUGGUGCUACCUUUGCAGGCUAUCAUCAUUAUAAUAAGCCUUUCACUCAUGAUAAUAGAUUUGAUCAACAUGUUGAAUUGGAAGGAGCCUUCUCACCAGAAACAUUUAAAGCCUACAAAUUGAAGGAAAUUACACCACUCUCUCACGAUACAAGUAUUUAUACAUUUGCAUUGGAAGAUACCAAGGAGGAUAAUCUCACUGUACCAUACAAGAUGAAUGUUCCUGUUGCUAGUUGUAUUGUUGCCAAGGCUCAAGUUGCUGAUGAGGUUGUUGUGAGGCCAUAUACACCAAUCAACAAAUCAGAUGAUGUUGGAAAGAUGGAAUUGUUGGUAAAGAGUUAUCCUACUGGUAAAUUGAGUAAACAUUUCUCACAACUUGCUGUUGGUGAUCAAAUUGAAUUCAAGGGUCCUUUCGUAAAGAUUGAUUAUAAACCAAAUUAUAAGAAGGAAAUGGCAUUCAUUGUUGGUGGUACAGGAAUUACUCCAGCCUAUCAAAUUAUUCAAAGAGUUUUAUCUCAAACCAAUGAAGAUAAAACCAAGUUAACACUUUUAUAUGCCUCAAGAACACCUGAAGAUAUUUUACUCAAGAAGGAAUUGGAUACUCUUGCUAAGAAAUAUCCACAACAAUUCAAGAUUUAUUAUACUGUAGAUUCUGAUCCAAAUCAAAAGGCUGAUUCUUCAAUUCAAGGAAGAGGUUUUGUAAAUAAGGAAAUGAUUGAAAAGGCUGGUAUUCCAAAACCAUCUGAAGAUGUUUUGGUUUCAGUUUGUGGACCAAUGCCUUUCUAUGAUAUGUUAUCAGGAAGAAAGAAAUCACCACAAGAACAAGGUGAACUUAGUGGACUUUUGAAACAAAUGGGUUAUGAUGAAAAGACUGUUUACAAAUUUUAA